CCAGUCUCCCAGGCCUAGCCAUGGCGCCCACGGAGAUCGCGGAGAGCGAGCUGCUACUGCAGACUUUUGAGCGCCGCUUCCUGGCAGCGCGCGUGCUGCGCUCCUUCCCCUGGCAGAGCCUAGAAGAGAAGUUAAAGGCCUCCUCAGAUUCAAAGCUGCUGCUGCAUCUUUUACAAAAGACCGCGAGACACCCUCUGUGUGCGAGGCACCCACCGUCCUCAACUUACGUCCGGCGUUUCCUCUCAGAGCUCAUUAGAAAGCAUGAGGCUGUGCACAUGGAGCCCCUGGACGAACUAUACGAGGCGCUGGCAGAGGUCCUGGCCACCGACGAGUCUGCCCAGUGCCACCGGAGCUACUUGCUGCCUGCUGGAGACACAGUCACACUCGCAGAGAGCACCGCCAUCGUCGCACACGGCACCACGGGCCUGGUCACAUGGGAUGCCGCCCUGUACCUGGCCGAGUGGGCCAUGCAGAAUCCAGCAACCUUCACUCACAGGACUGUCCUAGAGCUGGGCAGCGGGGCUGGCCUGACAGGCCUGGCCAUCUGCAAGGCGUGCCAGCCCAGGGCAUACAUCUUCAGCGACGGUCACAGCCAUGUCCUGGAGCAGCUUCGCCAAAACAUUGUUCUCAAUGGCUUUUCGUUGGAACUGGAUGUCACCAUAGAGCCUGGGCACCCUACAGUCACUGUGGCCCAGCUGGAUUGGGACACUGCCACAGGCCCGCAGCUGUCUGCCUUCCAGCCUGACGUGGUCAUCGCCGCAGACGUGCUGUACUGCCCGGACGCCAUCCUCUCACUGGUUGGACUCCUGCAAAGGCUCGCUGGCUGCCACAAGGACCAGCGGCCUCCUGACGUCUAUGUGGCCUCUACUAUCCGCAAUCCAGAGACGCCACAGUUGUUCACGGCACAGCUAGGCCAGGCUGGGAUCAGCUGGGAGGCAGUGCCUCCCCAUGACCGCACUCUGUUUGCUUACGAGGAACACUGGGAGGUGGUGGUUCUGAAGCUGACGCUGUAGAGGCUGGGACUGCAGGCUUCGCAGAAGGGUGGCUCACACAGCAA